CCCCCUCUCGUCUAAGGUAGUCUGAGUGGAGAAAGUAACGAAGAUGGAAGGAGCUGAUGUUGUUGAAUUAUUGAGGAGAUUUUACAGAGUGGCGAAGUGAUAGCCGUGUACUCGCCCGGUCGGAACCGUUGAGGACGGCGAUACCGGGAAAUUCACAGAUAGCAUGCCCGUAGAGGUGACUCCACUGCAGAUGAGGGAACAUGUUGGCUAUGGACCAAGGAGUGGUGGAGGAAUGGCUGUCAGAAUUUAAGACCCUUCCUGACAGUGCUGUGUCCACCUACGCUGCCGCACUAAAAGAGAAAGGUUCCCUGGUCCCUGCACUCUACAAGGUCAUCCGAGAGAACUACAGCGAUUUGUUGGAGCCAGUGUGUCACCAGUUGUUUGAGUUUUAUCGGAGUGGUGAGCCGCAGCUGCAGCGUUUCACGCUACAGUUCCUGCCUGAGCUCCUGUGGAGCCUCCUGUCAGUCAGCGCAGCCAGAGACCCCCACACCUCCGGCUGCAUCGAGGCCCUGCUGCUGGGCAUUUACAACCUGGAAAUAGUUGAUAAAGAUGGACAAAGCAAAGUGUUGUCUUUUACUGUCCCUUCCCUCUCCAAGCCCUCAGUGUAUCACGAGCCUUCAACCAUCGGCUCCAUGGCCCUUACAGAAGGGGCUUUAGCCAAUCACGGGCUGAGCAGAGUGGUGUACAGCGGGCCACACCUGCAGAGAGAGACCUUCACAGCACAGAACAGAUUUGAGGUGCUGACCUUCCUGCUGCUGUGCUACAACGCUGCUCUCAGCUACGUGACCUCCACCUCCCUCCAGUCCCUCUGUCAGCUCAGCUCCAGGGUGUGUAUAUGCGGUUAUCCUCGGCAACAGAUGCGGCGCUACAAAGGUAUUAGCACACGGCUGACAGUCACGUCGGAGUUCCUGGUUCAGCUCAUCACAGGCAUACAUUACGCCUUGUGUAAUGGGGAAGUUGAAGUGGGAUCCAAAGCGCUGGAUGACGUUCUGUAUCGAGCCCAGCUAGAGUUGUUCCCUGAGGCUCUACUGGUGGGUAAUGCCAUCAAGUCGUCACUGCACGGCGCAGCGCUGAAGAGCAACAACAAGGAGGGUGCACGAAGUAUCCAGGUGGAGAUCACACCCACGUCCUCCAGAAUCUCCCGAAAUGCUGUCACCUCUCUCUCCAUCAGGGGACACCGCUGGAAGAGACACGACGCAGUGGAUCUGGGUUCCCCGGAUGAGUUGAUGGACAUUUCAGAGGUCGAUGAAGGGGUGUGGCCAGGUAGGGUUGCGACUGAAAUGACCCCACCCACCAUCACCAUCAGCAACAGCAUCACCACGUUGAACCUGGGGGCCAAGGCCAUGAAGAAGUGUCGGCUCAGCGGGCGCAGCAGCAAGGAAAAGGAGUCCGGCCCUCUCACGACAGGCCGGGCUGCCAGUGAGAACACAGAGCUGUCUGUCAAGCGACUGACGCUCACUUCCAGCCAAUCAGUGCCCAAGGCAGGAGCUCUCACCAGCCUGACGCGCACUGCCAGUGCUGUCUUCUCCCGCUCCUUCGAGCAGGUGGCCAGCGGCAUCGCCCCCCCCUCCAGCAACCACAACGCCUCUGACGCUGGGCGCUACUCGUGCAGCCAGCAGGAGGAAGCACUGGGGUACUUGAGUGCCACGCCAAACCACACGCAGCGCUCUCCCAGCAUCAGCGUGCACCUUGGCUCUGACCUUUGAACCCUCACCCUGUGACCCUGUACCUGUGACCGGGAACUCCCAGCCAUGCCAACUGCAAAAGAACCACAAAGACAUGAACAAACACUCCGGCUGUUUCCUCUGUCACUCCCUGUUAACGUCGUUCAUUCUGUGUUGUGUGAACCAGCCAGCUGUCUCCUUCAGCAGAGCCCACUCCUCUGGGCCUAAUGGCGGCGGGAUGUCAGCGAUACCCCCCCCCCGUCGUGCACCAUUGCUGUGAAGUUGUGCCAGUACAGAACUGGGCUCCCUUGCAGAGCAGCCUGUCGUAAAAACAAAUGAGUGCACGUAAAGCUCAUUACUAAAAACUGUGUGGAAAAGUAUUUUUGAAAAAGUAUUUUAAUCGGCCUUUGUUGCCCUGCAUGGCUUUUCCAUACAAUCCAUCAUGACCCUACCUGCUUUUGUCAGAGGGCAGAUGUUGAGUAUGUGUGAGUAUGCUUGAGUAUGUGUGUACAGUAUGUGUGUAUGUAUAUAUGUUUUUAGAAUAAAGGCUGCUGAUUGAUACAAUGAACAAGGUAUGGUUCUCCUAUCUGGAAGUGUUUUCUUCUACUUAAAAAAACCCCAAAUCUCUUUCCAUAGCAAUACAAAUUUCUCCUGUUCAGUGUUUUCCAUUUUUGGGACGAGCACCCAAACUCUCUCCUUAAAAGAGAGUUCCCUUUCUUCCCUUUAAAACGUCAGGAGGAAACGACCACUAAAUAAAUGAACCUUUUGAGAUAAGAAUCUUUGUGUUUACAGUCGCACAGUAUUUUCAUCAUUAUGGAAAGAAGCAAUAUUUUGUGUCCUUCCCUCUCGCUCCUCUUAGCACCUUCCUGAAUUUGCUGUGCACUUGAUGGCAAAAAUAAAAAUCCAACUCCGGACGUUUUUUUGAGUGUGGCGGACGAUGGUUGUGUGUGACUGGUGAAGUAUUGAAUUCUGCACUUGAAAGUGUUUUCAACUGUGGUGAUUUCUUAUGAUGAAUGAGAGACGUUUGACUCUCACCUGUUGUGUUUUCUUGUCUGUGUGUGUGUGUGUGUGUGAGUGAGAGAGAGAGAGAGAUGCCUUGUCGCUCUGUUCUCAUUUUACGAUACAUUUUUUUUUAACUAAACAGACUUGAUCUAAUGUACAGAUUUACAAUUAUUCGAUACCUCUGAGUAAACUUACGCUGGCUCAAAUACAACAAAAUGAACCUAUUCCUGUGCUUUCUGCCGUGGGAAGAUUUUUUUCGGGGCAACAAGGCAUCUACCCUCACUCCAGAUCCAUCUGCCAUUCCAGAUGUUUAUAGUACUUUGGUGAUGUGUUUGACUGUUUCCCUCCUUGUUGUUCACCAUGUCACAAGACUUUGUGAGAUUGUCUUGUAUCAAAAAAUGAAUGACUCUCCACGUAUCUCCUUCAUUUGGUGUCCUAAAUCAAACAUCCAUGCUGCCCCACCCUCAAGCAAACGUGUGUCCUGUUGUCUGUGUACUAGAGCUGUCGAGUAUCCAUGGCUUGGUGGGACAAUAACAAUCAUCGUGUUUCUGUAUGUGGGUUUAUAGAAUGUGAAUGGGUAAGCUCUUGUACUAAAGUUUGUUUAUAUUGGCCUUUCAUUUGUCUGAUGAUAACUUACUGCUGCAACUUCUGGGAAUAAAGUGUUUCUAUAUUUCA